AUGACCAUUCCAAAGACUCAAACUGGAUACGGAAUCCACCACGGCGUGAAAAAACUCGUCCGUUUCGACAACAUGCCAGUGCCUGAGCCUGGACCCUCCGAGGUACUUCUCAAGAUCGAAGUCACCGGAUUAUGUCGUUCCGAUCUCCAUAUCUUGAUUGUUCAGGACCCUAGAAUCCCUGAGAAAAUGGUGAUGGGUCAUGAAAUUUGCGGAAGUAUCGCUAAGGUUGGCUCCGAGGUCACUGACGAACGCUAUCAGGCUGGACAACGUUUCUGUAUGCUCAUCGCUGAUGCCUGUGGAUCGUGUGAGAAUUGCAGAGCAGGCCACGACAACUGGUGUACAGUGAAUGGAACGCUGGCAUUUGGAAUCAGCAAAGAUGGAGGUUUCCAGCAGUAUUUGCUUGUGCAGAAUUUGCGGUCUCUCAUACCAAUUCCUGACGACGUCUCUUAUGAGGCAGCAGCCUCAGCCACCGAUGCCAUUUUGACGCCGUUCCAUGCCAUUAUGAAAGUCAAGCUGGACUUGGGUCCAACCACAAAGGUUUUAGUGGUUGGUGCUGGUGGACUUGGCCUCAAUGCAAUUCAGAUCUUGAAAUUUUUCGGAUGCCGUAUUGUUUGCAUAGAUAAGAAGGCUGGCAACGAGAACCUCGCCAAAGAAUUCGGAGCAGCACAGUUCUACACGGAUGCAGACGAGAUAGAAGAUGCCCAAGAAUCUUUUGACCUUUGCUUUGAUUUUGUGGGUCAUCAGACAACUAUGGAGGCAUGUGUGGAGUAUGUAAAAACAGGAGGAAAGAUUGUGCUGGUGGGACUUGGCAACAGAGUACUCACCAUCCCCAACUAUGAGUUGGCCAGAAGAGAAGUGCAGAUUAUCUUCAACUUCGGAGGCAGCUCCAAGGAUCAGUCGGAGAUUUUGCAAUGGAUUAGUGCUGGUGUGCUCAAGCCUGUUGUCGCAAGUGCUUCUAUGAGCGAGUUGCCUGAGUACAUGGACAAAUUGGCCAAAGGAGAAGUUGUGGGACGUGUUGUGUUCAAGCCUAAGUUGUAA